GAAAAACAACAAUAAAACUCGUGAAUAAUCGAGUGCUCGUGAUCGGUAAACCGAUCAGCUUCACGGUGUUUCGGUGAUCGAGACGAGUCUCUACCCCAAUCAUGGUGUGCGUCUCGCGCGUGCCCCUUCUUCUCGAGGUGUUUUCGGGCGUGCAGAAGAGACUGCUCGUGCACGAGCUCAUCUUCCUGUUCCUGAUGAUACUCUGCUUCAUUGACAAAAACAGCGCUCAACUUCUCCAAUCUCAUUUCGUCACCGAGGCAAAUACCUUGCUCAGGAACCCUCGGUUCGCGUCGAAUGUGUGCAGCAGAAAGCCCCAGGGUGUAUCUUCCAGCAAACUGAGCGGCUCAAAUGGAUUCUACAUAGAAAUCGAGGGUUUCCCCAAGAAAUACGUGCCAGGACAAACUUACGAAGUGUCGAUUCUCGGCAAGCAAAUGGACGGUGCCCCUGCUCUACAGAAGUUCACUGGAUUCACUCUCACCGCUGAAUCGUCGGACUACAAUAAACUGAAUCCAGAUGUGGGGUCAUUCAAGUUAACAGGAGACUCGCUAACUACAUUCUCAGAGGACUGUCCAAAUUCGGUGACUGCAACUUCGGCUGUACAGAAAACUCGUGCUACGGUCAAAUGGCAAGCGCCUGCGUCCGGGAGCGGCUGUGUCAUCUUCCGAGCGUCCGUCGUCGAGGAUCAAGAGAGAUGGUACGCCGAUGAUGACGAUUUAUCCCGCGAAAUCUGUCAGGACUACGAGAACACUGACGACCAGGAUGCCAUCCUUGAGAAAUGUUGCGCUUGCGAGGAGGCUAAGUAUGAGGUGGCUUUCGAGGGAUUAUGGUCCAGAUACACGCAUCCGAAGUCAUAUCCGCAGAAUGAAUGGGACGUCCGCUUCUCAAAUAUCACUGGUGCUUCCCAUUCUGCGAAUCAUAAGAUUUGGGAGUACGGAGGAUACGCAUCGGAGGGUGUGCAGCAUCUCGCGGAAACGGGUCUCACCAAAGAACUCGAGACCGAGUUGAAGAAAGAAUCGAAUAAGAUCAGGACGGUCAUCAAGGCCCAAGGGCUGGUCUAUCCAAAUCUGAAGAAGAAAACGUUUGCUGUUUUCCGCGUUGACAGGAGGAAUCACGUGGUCAGUUUACUGUCGAGAAUGAAUCCGUCGCCCGACUGGCUGGUGGGCGUGUCUGCACUCGAGCUCUGCCAAUCCAAUUGCUCAUGGCUCACGGAGAAAAUAAUAAAUCUCUACCCUUGGGAUGCUGGCACUCGUGAAGGCAACACCUAUUAUCCCGAAUCCGUGGAGUCGUCCGAGCCACAUCAGAGGAUUCGUAAAAUUACAUCUAGUUACCCCCCGGAUCCCGAGAGCCCCUUUUUCGAUGAAACGGGCACACCAAUGAAGCCCGUCGCUCGCUUGACACUGUCAAGACAGAGGCUCUACGAGAAGUCGUGUGACUCUGAUGAUUUCUCGACUUCGAAGAAAGCUUAUGAUGAUCUCAGACGUAGGGAGCUCUCAUCGUCAAUUCUUGAUCCCGAAUGCGCUACCUACGAAUGGACGGCAUUCAGUCCCUGCAACGCCGACUGCGUCCGAGUGAGGACCCGAGCUUAUCAGUCACGGGAAAGAUUACAUGAUUGCAAGAGUCAACUCGUCGAUAGGGUUCUGUGCGAGGAUUGCGGGAGGCAUGCCAAUAUGUGCGAGACGACUGAGUGGUCCCCGUGGGGAGAAUGCAAUGUCACAUGUGGCCGGGGAUACAGAUUGCGAUCUCGUCGUUUCAAGAACAAAAUGGCUCACAAGGUAUGCUCGGCUGAAACUCAACAAAAAAUUCGCUGCACAGCUGAAACCGAAGACUGCAGUGUUGUGACGAUGCCAUCGGAAUGUGCUGUGACAUCAUGGUCAGACUGGUCCCCUUGCACGGAGCCCUGUGGAGAAGGGACCAAGGCAAGGACGAGGUCCUACAUAGAUGAGCGAUUAGCGAAUUUGAAUAAUUGCAAAGUAGAAAAUUCUCAAGAAACCUCCUGCAUCGGUAGCGAAUGCUCCACCGGUGAUGUGAACGAUCGAUGUCGUCUCCCGAAGGAUGAGGGCAGACCUUGUCGCGGUCACCACCUGCGAUACUAUUACCUCGCAGGAAAAAAAUGUUUAAAUUUUAUUUAUACUGGCUGUAAUGGAAAUGCGAACAACUUCAAAACAUAUGAAGAAUGUGAACAAGAGUGUCAAGAGAGCUCUUCCGAAGACGGGAAGUAUGAUCCUAAGAGGGAGGCUGGGAGCACUCCGGUAGAUUGUCGUGUAACCAAGUGGUCCGAAUGGGGACCCUGUUCGCACACCUGUGGAGUUAGUCGCCGAGAAAGGCACCGCACAAUAGUCAAACCAGCAUCCAACGGCGGUAAACCCUGCCCUGGAAAGUUGAGGCAGUUGAGAAGAUGUAAUGGAACAAGACCUUGCCGUUAGUACCAGAGGGGACGAGGCCUCUCUCUCCUCGGAUUUCCCCUCGCUCUUUCCUCACUGCUCGCGCAAUCGGAACUGAGCUCGAACCCGCGGGAAUGGCUACAAUAAAGUUGAAUGUUUCUCCGCU